AUGUGGCAUAUGAGUGAAAUAUUUAAGUACCUUAAUAUGUUGAACAAUAAAUCUGGUCUGAAUAGACUGUUUCCAUUUGCAAAAAAAAAACCAAAUAUACCUUCUAAGUUAACAGAUAAAUUUGAUAUUAAGAGUUCUAAACAAAAAUUAGAUGAUGAAAAAUCUAAUAAGGUUAUUAAAAUUUCGGAAUCUGUUAGGAGUGAUAUCUUAAUUGAAAGUAAUGAAAAAACUAAACCAUUAAUUGAGAAGUCUAUCGAUGAAACACUAAGUAAUAUUCAGUCAAAAUCACCUGAAAAAUACUCAUCAAAUAUUGAAUCACCCAAAUUAAAAAAUAAUGAUUCUAUUUCUCUUAAAAAAAUAGAUGAAUCAGAUUUUACUUUAGAAAAUAUUAAAAAACCUAAAGAAAAUUAUCAGCGCUGGAAUAUACCAUUUUCAAGUAAAUUCAAAGGCAAAGAUUUUGAUAAAACUUUGUUAACUAUGCAAGAUCUUAUUUAUUAUAAUCCUGUAACAAAUCCUAUUGUAAAAGAUCAAAAAGUUUUAAAAAAAGAUGAUAAAAAUGCUGAUGAUCCUGAUGGGGAUUUGAUGUCUAUAUCGGAGGAAUCGGUAAAUAAAACUUCAACAUCUAAUAACUGUAUUACACCAUGUAUAAAAGUAGGAGCUGAUGGAAAAAUAAUAAUUGAUCAAGAAACAUUGAUGUUAAAUGAAACAGGGUUAGAAGAAAAAAGAGAAGAACUUGCCAAGUCAAAAGUAAUUGAGGAAUCAGGAUUUCAGUCACAUAGUUAUUCUUAUAAGCGUAAAAGAGAACCCUCUAAGCAAUGGACAAAAGAUGAAACACUCAGGUUUUACAAAUGUUUAAUGAAUCUUGGUACCGAUUUUUCUAUGAUACAGCAAUAUUUUCCUGGGCGUACUAGAGCACAAAUUAAAAGAAAAUAUAAGACUGAAGAAAGAAAAAACCCUCAACUCAUUAAUGGUGCUCUUACUAACUCAACACAUUAUGACAGUGUUCUUAUUGAAAAUAUGUUCCAAGAUGAUGAACCUGAUGUUAUUGAAUCCAUUUCUACUAUUGAAUCCAAUGUUUCCAUUAAACCUAUAAAAGAAAUAAAAUCCCGUAAAAGACGUCAUAACAAUGUGACCCGUGCAAAAUGUGGAAGAAUGAGUGUAUGUGCUUACAUGAUGGAAGAAGAAAUUGUACUUAAAAAAAAGAGAAAUGUAUCAAAAAAAACUCUUUCAGCAAGUAGUUUAAAAAAUGAAAUUUUAGAACUACAAUCAUUAAAGAAAACUAAAAAACAUGUUCCAAAAUCCAAAUUUGAAGUUGUAAAUAAUUUAAACUCAGAAGAAGGUGAAAAAACUGAAAUCAUUACAUCUAUAUCGGAUGAAUUAAGGUGUAAAGUACGCACUCUUCAAGAUUUUCAUGAAGAGUAUAAAGAAGAUAUUAGUAAAUUUGAAGAUAUAGAAAGUGACUAGUUCUAUAAAAACUAAUUUGUUAAAUACACAUAUAAUUAAUUUUUUAAA